CCCUUCUCUACUCCUCUGCCCUCUCUUCUCCCUCUCAUUUUCUCCCCUGGAAAGUCACAUGAUCAAAUCGAGACCGCCAUUGAAACAUUUAAAGCAGUUAGCUUUGGAUUGUGGAAGAAAAAGAGCAGAGCAAGAGAGCGUGAGAGUCCUCCAAAUCUUCCCUUUUUGGGAUUUAUUGGUUGGUUCUUGUUCUUAUUUUUACCUUCUUUCGCUUUUUAUGGCCGGAUCUCAGCGCUAAUUGCUGGCGACGAAGGCUAGGAUUUGAAGAACCACUAGUCCCCUCCCCUAGUUCAUUAAGUCGACGAGUUCUGAACGUCGCCAAUUGACCUGCCUCGUCGAGACGCGCCGCCGAUCUGUUCAUCGCCAGGAGAAAGUGAACAUGCAGAGGAAAUUAAAGGAGCUGGUUGCUGAACGAAAGAGCAAAACUGGGAUGAACCGCAACCUGGACAAACCCGAAUACAGAGUUUUGUUAACAAAUCUGUGUAUGUGAAAAAUUGAAAAAUGAACAAAACGAUGGCGUACAAAGUAAAAGAUCGGAAAUUUGACUUCCGGUUGGACCAUUGGUAUUCCCAGAAUUGACCAGUUUUGACCGGAAUUGACCGGCUUUGACCGGAAUUGCAUGUCGGUGGUAUUCCAGCCGGUUUUAUGACCGACACCGGUUGAACAUGGUCUAACCGACCGGCAUACCACUGGCAUGACAACCAUGCCCAGCACAAAUCAGAACCCCAAAACCCAGAAAUUGAAACCCUAAAAACACAGAUCGGGACGGAUUCUUCGAUUGCGGCAGAGACAGUGGAUGCUGGGGUUCGCCUAGGUUGGUUGCACCGUCGAUCUGCUUAAUCUCACUUGGGUCUCCAUCGGAAGAAGAAGAAAAGUUGAUGGGUUCGCCUGGGUUGAUUGCAGUGACGAUCUGCUUGGGUUCCCCUGGGUCGUCGUCGGAAGAAGAAGAAAAGUUGGGUUCGCCUCGGUUGAUUGCAAUGGCGAUCCUCCUGUCUCAGUCAUGGUCAUGGAUCCUCUCCUCUCCUAGGCUCGUGAAGUUCACUGGUCCGUGGGAGGCCUCAAUUGCAUACGGGAAACACCACAAAGAAGCAAAUCGAUGUUGUCUCAGAAGCCGCCGGGUAGAAGAAUAAAAAAAGGGUAGGCUCCUAGAGUGACAAAGAAUAGGAAGUUCAUGGAUUUAUUUGAGGACGAGAGCAAAAACGAAGAAAACAAGCUUGUGAGACAGCAAGGGUAAGAAAUGGCCGGCGAGGAAAUUGGUUGGGGAGUUUGAGAGGGUUGCCAAGGAAAAUGAGGAGAAGAGAAAGAAGUGGGUCGGAGAGCAAUGGCAGGGCUGAUGAUUCGGUGAUGAAGAUUGUGAAGGGAAGAAGUCGAAGAAGAGAUUGAGGAAAGUUGGGGAAGAUGGCAGAAGCAAAAAUCAAGCUAGAUCUGAUAGUAUAUUUUGGGUUAAUUUAUGCCUGGUUUGAUUGCAAUAGCGAUCUGCUUGGGUUCCCUGGGUCAACGUUGGAAGAAGAAGUCAAGUUGUUCUGGGCAGAAAGCAUUAUAAAGAAGAUAUUGGGGUCGGUUCAUGGGUUUGGUUAACGGGUUGGGUUUGGCAAGAUGACAUGGCGGGUCAGAUUUCAUCAUUUUCGGGUUAAAUUAGUCUGAUUUGGCUAAUUCGUCUGCCACAUCAGCACAUAACGGUCUUCAUUAACGGAGGCUAACGGAGAUUAACGGAGAGUGACCAACCAUGACAUGAUUUAGUAAACUUAGUGACCACGAAUAGAAUUAAAUAUUUAUA